AUGUCCAACCAGAAUGAGCUCAAUACAUACUUUGGGCCAGACGCCCUCAAGAAGUACUUUGAUCCCGAUUCCCAACCGCCUCUCCCGCUGGUGGAAAUUCCUGCCCGGUUGAACCCUUUCUACGAUGAUGGCGUGCGGAUAUACGCGAAGAUGAUGACCAUGCACCCGGCCAACAAUGUCAAGGCCAUGCCCGCGAUGAACAUGUUACAGAAAAAGGUGGUACCGGAUCAGACCCAGACCAUCAUCGAGUACAGCUCCGGGUCGACGGUCAUCUCCAUGUCGAUGAUCGCUCGCGUGAUGCACGGCAUCGACGACACACGCGCCUAUCUAAGCAACAAGACCAGCGAGGCCAAGCUGCGCCUGAUGCAAUUCUUCGGGCUCAACAUCAUGCUGUUCGGCGGGCCGUCGCAGCCCGAACCCUACGACGAGCGCGGUGGUAUCCAGAGUGCGCGUCGCAAGGCCAAGCAGUCGGAGGACAUCCUCAACCCCAACCAGUAUGAGAACAACGACAACUGGCAGGCCCACAUCCGCUGGACCGGCCCCCAGAUCUUCAAGCAACUGCCUGAGAUCAAUGUGCUCUGCGCCGGGAUGGGCACCUCGGGCACGAUGACCGGGCUCGGAACCUACUUCAAGGAGGCCAAGCCCUCGGUGUACCGUCUGGGUGUGUGCACCGCCGCAGGAGACCGCGUCCCCGGUCCCCGGUCCUUUGCUCUGAUGAGGCCGGUCGAGUUCCCGUGGAAGGAGGCUGUCGACUCCAUCGAGGAGGUCAAUUCGCUGGACUCGUACUCGUGGUCGUUGGAUCUUUGCCGCGAGGGGAUCAUCUGCGGACCGUCGUCCGGGUUCAAUCUCAAAGGCCUCUUCCAAAUGCUGGAGAAUCGCAAGGCCGCGGGGACGUUGUCCGAGCUGGCGGGGCCAGAUGGGCUCAUCCACAGCGUGUUCCUGUGCUGUGAUCUGCCCUACCAGUAUAUCGACGAAUACUUCCAAAAGCUGGGUGACGAGAAGUUCCACCCCAUCGUCAACGAGCAAUUGACGAAAGUGGACCUGUACCGAUAUGACGAGAGCUGGGAGCGCAGCCCGGUGGUGCUGUUCACGAAUUUCUACGAUACCCCCCAGGCCCUCCCGCAGGGGCUAUUGAACAACCUCGUGUUGCGCCCGCAAUGCUGCGUCUUAGACCUGCGAAAGGCAGUGGACUUUGGGUCGUGGCACCUCCCCGGAUCCAUCAACCUGUCCCUGCAGAGCCUGGAGUCGCCCCGUGCAAAGCCGUUCGCCGACCCGCGGGUGCUGGAGGCGCAGUGGCAGGAGCUCGACCAGCUGUUCCAGCCGGGCAACAUCAUCAGCACACUGAGUGAACAGCACGUGCUGGUGAUCUGCUACAAUGGUGACACCGCGCGAGUAGCUACCAGCGUAUUGCGAGCCAAGGGAAUCCAGGCGGAUAGUCUGCGUGGAGGCUACCAGGCACUGCGCGACCAUGGCCUGUGGGGUGAUGCGGUGAGCAAAGACCGGCCAAUCAAUGCGUGUCCCAAAGAGAUCAACGAAGUUGGCUCUGUUGGCGGAAAUACGACCUUCCCUCUCCUGAAGUCAAUGAUUGUGGUGAUGCUAUAUAGCAAGAUUCUCAAUGAUGGCCAUACAUUCUUCCCCUUGGGCCCCUUCUUCUACGCCCCUCUCCCGUCCCCUCCCCAGGCUGCCCUGCCCCUUGACCCUGACCGAUAA